AUGGAUAACAGUCGGGAAGCGUUGCUCGCUCAAAUGAUGGUACAAAUUACAAUUGUUGUUUUCUUAUUAUACGAUUGGAAUUUUGCAGGAAAUCACCAAUUGUCAGGAAAACGUGGCUUUGAAUUAUUUGACCAGAACGAAUUUUGACAUUGAAAUUGCAAUUCGCCAUUUCUUUGAGGUAAAUUGAUUUUUUUUUGAUUUGAUAAUGAAAUUUAAAGGGAACCGUGCCGGAAUCAGUUUCCGUCCAAUCCAACAGCCUCCCAUCUCCUUCAGUUGCUCAAUCUUCUUCCCAAUCAUCUUCCCGUUCUUUGGAGCAAACUUCUUCUCCAGAUACAACGCCAGAACCUAGUGCUUCUGAAGCUGGACCAGUUCUCCCGAGGUUUGUAGUCCAUGCUUGAGGGUUUUUCACAGUUUUCAGUUCAGAUACCAUUCGAUUCUUCAGUGGUUUACUCAGUUUAUUACCUUGCCAGUCAGACUCCCGUUGAUGUUCAUAAACUUGGUGUAUGCCUACUUGUUUGGUAAGACCCUAUUUAGUCUGAGCUUCAAACUAUUACUAUCCUGUUUCAGGUAUGCCAAAGACAGUUUAUCCUCACAUCUUCGAAUACAUUGAAAAGCAUUACUCAGAGUUCAAUCAAGUGAAGGCAUCGGUGUUUUACGGACGGCAACUCCAAAAUGUGUGUUUAUGUUUUCUGUCUUCAUAUUGUUCAUUAACUUUUACGUAUAUCAAAUAGCAAUCUAUAUUUAUUAUAGCUCCGUUCUGAUCUUCAACAAAACGAAUGGAAGUUCCUGGUUGCUUACAUGCACAACCCUCAUGGCGAUGAUACUUUUUUAAAAUCCCUCUUCACCUCUGACUUUGCGGAGCAAGUUCGAAAUCAUGGAGCAGUGUUCUUCGGGUGUAUUAUGGGUUCAGAUGAUGCCAACCGAUGUACGUUAAGAAACGUAUUUCUCAAUAGCAAUUGGUGUUUUCAGUGCGUCCUGACCGGACCUUCGGAAAAACUCGUAAAUCUUGUGUGAUUGUCUUUGUUAUUCGAGGAACUUCUUUGACUAGAGUGAGUUAGAUUGGGUUUAAUUUGGGGCAGAAGGUGUUUUGGCUAACUAGUGGUAGUCCAGUCAAUAAAUUUUCUUGUUCAAUUUAGCGGUUUAACUUAUGAAUUCACAAAGAUUCCUUUGUAUGUUCGUCAUUUCCAGAGAUUGUUAAUCGACCAGUUGCACGAUCCGGAAUCUGUGAACACCAAUAUCAACUUGGCGCUCAUCGAUCUGAUUGCUGACGAAGCUGACCGCAUAGCACAGGACCGCGAAAGAAAUGAGACACGUUUACUAAUGCAAGAACAAAAUCGCGAAUACCAAGAGAGUUUGCAACGUGAUCUGGAACGUAUUGCAAAUUCGAAAAAAGAGAAAGAAGAUGCAGAGAAAGCGGAGCAAGAAGAUAAAAAGAAGAAGGAAGAGUCGGAAAUGCGGGUGAAGGUUGGUUAGAUUAGAAAGUUUUUAUUUCAACGUCAAAAUAUUCCAGAAAAUCGAGAACUAUAAGGAUCAACUGCGGCAAAGCAAAACCCCACUGACAGGACCACACGAUAUUCUCAUUCGGUUCCCAACUGGCAAAAAAGUCGUCAAAUUCCAUGAAGACGAAAGCAUCGAGAAGUUGUUCGAAGAAGCGUUGAAGUCCGAACUGUGCCCCCUGUUCUUCCAAAUGCAUCAAAGCUUUCCAAAAAAAGCGGUUCCAUGCCUCCCCAAGUGGUACUAUGACAUUCUUAUCUGUGAAGAGCUUGAACCUAAGGAAGAGUGUUUUUCAAGCGAUUUGACGUUCGCGGAAGCCGGUAUCACUCAUGGCGCUACCGUAUUCAUUGACAAUUUGUAA